GGUCAAUUUAGAAACCGCUCGCAACUACUAAUGUAAAUCAUGGCAGCAGAAGAGCUUCAUGACACAUUAGAUCUUUCUAGACAAGGACUUAAGAAACUCUCUAAAGCACAACCUCAUGAUGCACAAGUAGUAACAACUUUGAUUGUAGACAACAACGAACUUCAAAGAUGGGAUAAUAUUGAUUCCUAUACUGUUCUGAAAAAGCUAUCAGUAACUAACAAUCAGUUGCUACGGAUGUACGGCGUUGCUAGACUCCAUGGUCUCAUAACAUUGAACUUGGCAAAUAACAACAUUUUGACUAUUGAAGGACUGAAGGACCUUGUGCAUCUGAAAUGGCUAUGCCUUGCAGCUAACAGUAUUAAGACGAUUGAACAUCUUAAUACGAACAUUAAUUUGGAGCACCUAGAUCUCUCUGAUAAUAGCAUUGUCCAUGUAUCUGAUGUCUCACAUUUGAAAUCUCUAAAGCAUUUGUUAUUGCAUGGUAAUCGCAUCUCACAGCUGCGUCAAUGUGAGCGACACCUGCCACCAAGUAUUGUCAUGCUCACACUCGCUAGCAACAACAUCACUGAUCUUAAUGAAAUGUCUCAUCUAGUACACCUAACCAACCUCCGAGAAUUCAGCAUUAUAAAUAAUCCCUGCAUUAAUAUGACCGGCAAUUGUAUUGGCUUUGACUAUCGUCCAUUUGUCAUUAACUGGUGCAUGGGCCUCAAGGUGAUAGAUGGCUUUGUGGUGGAUGCUAUUGAAAGCUUGAAGGCAGAGUGGCUGUAUUCCCAGGGAAGAGGUCGUCAGUUUCAAGUUGGUGAACAUCAGGCACUUACUCAGUAUCUGGCCUCAGUUUGUCCACUUUCCGGAGACAGCCUGGAGUCAGAAGAUGACCGGAAACUGAGACUUAUCCUCAGCAAAGCUCAGCAGCAUCAACAGCAACUGAGGGAGCAGCUAACAGCUGAUGGCAGGGCUGUUAGAGGGAGAGCAGCUACUCUGAACAGAAGUCUUUCUUCUCCUGCUACCAGACGGCAUGUCAGUAACAACAGGAGUUCUGUGCCUAGACAGUCCAACAUGUCAAAGGAAUCAAAGCUCCCUGUAGCAGAUCGUUGCAGGAUCCAGUCUCCUGAUAGAAUGGUUAACAGCUGUAAUGCAGUGACAUCAAAUGACUUGGCCAUUAGUGUUGUUGGAAGUGAUGAUAUUUCUUCUUCCCCUCUUAUGACACGAAGCCUGGAUCCAGCACUACUGUACACAUCCUCAUCUGUUAAUCUGGAUACAAAUAAUUGUGAUCAGUCAGAGAAUUUGUCUACUCAGCUUGUGCUUGAAGAUUGUAGUACAGAAAAUGAAGCAUCAGGAAUCAAUUGCCCACUUCAGACAGCCACAAAGAUGGUUCCUGUACCUGAGUCCUUAAUGAGUCCUGAUUAUCGACCGGCAGUUAGUACUGGAAUGACUGGUCGUGGUGUGCGUCCCAAGUCAGCUACUUUGAGCCAUACGCAGAAUAGGCGACCUGUUUCACGAGGGUCUCCUAAGUUGCCACGGAGCCUUCAUUCAAGUCCACUGUUAUCCCGUCAACGAGGGGGACAGACAAAACAGUGUGCAGCAUCGCUGACAAGGAGACGAACCUCACCUCAGAGAACAGGCCAGCAAGAAGUAGCACAGCUCAAUAGCAGUGAGGAUGAAGAUAGUGAAAUGUCUGCCUCCAAACUUGAAACCAUCAGGCAUCGAGCACAAGAGCGUUGGCAGAGGAAGGAAGCCACCUCAAAUAGUGCUGGAAGCAACAGUUCUGCAGAGAAUGCAGCUGUGUGCAUUCAGCGUAUGUGGCGUGGUUAUCAUACUCGUAACCUGAACAGGAGAGUCAUGGAAGCCUAUCAUGACAUACGUGCAGCACGCACACAGGAAUACAUACAGAAGUUGUCCUCAGACAUGGAGGCUACCCGAGCAGCUUUGGAGAGUGAGCGGAAGCUUCAGCUGUUGCAGAUGCAAGCAAUCAAUGCCCUGUGGAAGAAGGUUGUUAGCUUACAACCAAUGCAGCCUCAACCAGGCACCAGUGCCUCUAGUACAGAUGCUGGUAUCAGCUUGCAGCAGCCCGAUGCUGAAACUGUCCGAGAGCUGACACAGACUUGCACACGCCUUCAUUCACAGGUUGAGCAACUGCAGGACUCGAUGCAGAGUGUGAUGCAGUGUAUGUCACUGUUCUGCCAGAAAGGUCAAGUUGUUAUUCCUCAUCUUACAAGUGAAGCAGAAGCCGACGGUGUUGUCACUGGUAGCACCCAGACAGACAUAGUAGCAGUUCACACACCACAGAUGGAAUCUGGACCAGGCAUGCCAUUUCCUUACCAAAAGGCAGCUCCAUCCACCCGUCCAUCAUCCCUCCCUAUUUCACAAUCUCGCCUACCCCCAGCUCUGCGUAACUCUUCAGCUCCAGAAUCUGAUGCUCCACAAGAACUGCAGCAGUUUGCUACUAGCCUGGUUGAUGGUGUAUUGAGGACAGUUGCAGAACAAGGAGGUGAAACAGAGACAGAAAUUGAUAAACGAAAUUAUACUUCAGACCAGGGUGAAGUGAAUUUUUCAGUGGAGCAAAAUCAAAAUGAUGCUGAUGGUAGCAGAGAAGGUAUGACAGAAGAUAUUUGUGGUACAGCUGUUGAAAAUGGACAAGAAGAUCAUGAAAUUAAUGAGGGUGUGAGAAAUGGAAAUUCUGCUUCUGAUGAGGGAAGCGGAGAAACUGCUCUAGAUGAAGAAGGCACCCAAAAGACUGUGGUAUCUCAGGGUGAAAACAAUUCUUGUGUUAUGAUAACCACAGAACCACCAUCCACUCCAAGCAGCCCAUUUGAACAACUUGACUCACCUAACAACAACCAGCAUCCCAUUGAGAGGAAUGUUGUUCAAUAGGUAAUUAAAUCAACUUUGAUUUAUUAAAUACUACUGUUGCCAUUUCAUGAGCAAACAAGAAUUCACCAGCAUCUUUCACCAUUGCACCGGAAUUCACUGUGAUUGUAUGAAUUCCACUCCAGCCAAGCUAGGAUUUCCUUCCUUCUGAAUUUAACAGUGGAGGAUGCUUGAGUGAGUUGUAUGAUGCAGUUUGAUAUAAAAAUUAUCAAACCACUUCUUUGAAUAGAAAGUGCGUACAAGUUAAAACUGCAAGGAGCUUAUAUGUGUGUGUGUGUGUGUGUGUCUGUAUGCACACUGAAAUAUUUUGAGUUUAGCAAGCUCAUUCAUAAUUUUUACAGAAAUGUUGACAGUUGACGUCUUGGGAGUUUUCAUGUUGAGAGAAAUGAGCCUAACAUAAAGCUGUUGUGUUUCGAAUGAGAAUUUAAGGUAAUAAAUAUGUGCAGUGUACAAGAUGGUGCAAAAGUCAUUGCCAGUGGGCUUAAAAAUGAAGUCAUUUUAUUUUUUUAUUAGUAUUAUUAUUCUAAUUUACAUAUUAAUGUGUACCUUAGAUGCUCAAAUUGACUGCCUUCUGAAUUCUUGCAUUGCUGAAGAUGUUCAGGAUCACUUGAGCAAAUCUCUUUGCAAAGCUGUACGUCUUUUCCAGUUUUUCCAAAGGCAUCCUCUGUUCCUAAUUUCUGAUUGCCUAUCAUUUUUGGUUUUGUAGUGCAUGCUGUAUUCUUCACAGCACCACAGAAAUAAAAAUCCAUGGGUGUUAUGUCUGGUGACCUUGGUGGCAUGUCAAUUGACCUGCAUCUGCAUAUUACUUUCCUCCUAAAUGCAUUGUCCAGGAAUUCACUUAUACAUAUAUCAUAGUGGGGAGGAGUGCCAUCUUGCUGGAACUUGUUAAAAUUGUCUUGGUGCAUUUGUAGUCCUGUUCCUCAGAAAUGUUGGUUGACUUUGAAUGGGCUACACUCUCGUAUAUCCCAAAAGACAGAACUCUUCAUAAGUACCGCUGUGAGAACUUAAAAUCAUACAAUUUAACAUAAGCUCACAAAAGUGGUGUCUGCAUUCGGGACUGUUUUCCAGCAACCCAUCAGUUAAUCUCAAAAUGUGAUGCUUAAAUUUGGCUUCAUGUAAUAUCCAAUUGAACCGACUGUCUAGAGACUUCUUGGCUCAGAGCAAGCCUGCAAGUAGAAUUCAUAUGGCUCUGAAGUACUGCUCUAUUCCUCUCUGACCUUGCUGUUCUGGUUCUACACAUUCUUGGGGAAUCAAAGACAAUACCAUAUUCAUCAUUAACAUAGUGUAACAUGUUGCGCGACUGAGAACCCCCCUCCCCCCUCCUCUCCACGGUAACGUAGCGC